AUGGAGCAUGCCGUUCGUGUCCCGUCGCGUCGCCGCCAGCCGCGUCCAGCUCGCUGCAGUUGCGUCGCCAUCAGAGGCCAGAACCUAGAAAGACUUACUAGGAAACUGAACGCCGGUCAUGGUUCAUUUUGGGCUGUGACAGCCCUGCUCGCCUGCUCUGAUUUUGUUUCUGUGGAUUUGAAACAACAAGGAUGGCAGUCUUUUCAGGAGAAGCAACUUGAUUUGGUAAAUAAAUGGGCUUUUGAAGGCGAGAAGAUCAUCCAUGGAAAGCCCUCUGGAAUUGACAACUCUAUAAGCGCAUAUGGUAACAUCAUAAGCUUUAAGUCUGGUAACAUGACACACAUGAAGGCAAACGUGUCACUGAAAAUGCUCAUAACUAACACCAAAGUAGGAAGGAACACAAAAGCAUUGGUGGCUGGUGUUUCAGAGAGGAUGUUCAGUGCUGUUGAUUCUAUCAGCAAGGAAUUGACCUUGAUUUUGCAGUCACUGGAAUCAGAUGAUGCUCUCUCUGUAACUGAGAAAGAAGAGAAGAUACAGGAACUAAUGGAAAUGAACCAAGGUCUGCUCCAAUCUGUGGUGGUCAGUCAUGCCACAAUAGAAACUGUUCUUAGAACUACAUUGAAGUACAAGUUGGUUUCCAAAUUAACCGGAGCUGGUGGUGGUGGCUGUGUUCUCACACUUCUUCCAACAUCUGCAGUAAUUGCUGAACUGGAGUCGUGCGGGUUCCAGUGUUUCACUGCCGAAAUUGGUGGUAAAGGUGUUGAGAUCAACUUUGAAGUGUCAUCUUGAUCUUUUUCCUCUCUAAUUUUUUUUUGUAAUUUUUUUCUUCCCUCGAAAAAAUAUGGACAUCGGUGAUUGAUCUUCAAAAUAAAUAGCAGGAAAAAUAUUUCAUUCUUUUGUGUCUCAAUUGAGUUUAAACAUUCUCCAAUUCAAUCUCGAAACGGAAUAGUACAUCAUUUUGCAAGAUUAAUUAUACAUGUAAUUUAUAGGAAAACGUUAUAUUUGUCGGAUAACGAAUGAAACACUCGGAAUAGUUCUUUUUGCGACUGAAAUCGGUGAGCACGAAGUUCUUCAACACGAAACUAUUUGUUCAUCUUUCAUAUUGAUGAUCAAUAUUAUUAUUAGUGGUAGUGUUACACACUUGCACUAUAGUUUAUCAAAAGUACUAGGUAUUUUCUUAGGUUUCCAAUAGAAAGAACAAAAGGAAAAAGCAGAGAGAAGCUGCUGUGUACAUAUAUUUAUUCACACGGUACUGAGGUAUUGACUGCUCUUUGCAUUCUUACAUAGACAAGAACCAUA